AUGGAAAGGGACAGAGUUGCUGGUGAUUGCAAUCCCCCUCCAUACUUUGAUGGGAAUAAUUAUGCUACUUGGAGAGGAAAUUUUGACAUAGUCCUGGAUGUUCUUGAUGAGCGUGCAUAUGAAUAUCUCACAAAAGAAUGGACUCAUCCAGUCAAAACUGUUGAUGGUCAAUCUGUACCAAAACCAAGAUCUGAAUUGUCAAAACCUGAGUAUCUUGCUGCCAAUGCCAACAAGAAGGCAAAAAAUGCUUUAGUUAUAGCCAUGUCUAGCACCUAG